ACCUUACCCUCGGGGCCGCGGAGCUGGUGGAUCCUCGUCCAUAAAUUCAAUGGUCUACGUCCGUGGUAACAGGAGGGACUACGACCAGUGGGAGCAGCUGGGUAACCCAGGCUGGGGCUACAACAGUGUGCUCAAGUAUUUCAAGAAGUCUGAAGACUUUAGAGGAGGAGUGAGCCAGGAAUCAGAUGGAUACCACGGUUUUGGAGGACCACAGACGGUGGAGAACAAGAAAUGGAAUUCUACAGUAGCUGAAGCCUUCGUGAAGGCGGGGCAGCAGCUGGGAUAUCCCGAGGUGGACCCCAAUGGUCCAGAACAGAUCGGUUUCUCUAUAAUUGACAUCACAGCGAGGAAUGGUCGCCGCUGGUCUACGGGAGAUGGAUAUCUCAGACCAGCAGCUCUCAAGAACACCAACCUACACGUUGUUCUGAAGGCCCACGUGCUCAAGAUAUUGUUUGACGAGGAUAAGAAUGCAGUAGGUGUGAGCUUCGAGCAGAAAGGAAAGGUGAGGACAGUGAAAGCACUGAAGGAGGUGGUGUUGUCUGCUGGUGCUAUUGGCAGCCCUCAACUGCUUCUGCUGUCAGGAGUGGGCCCUGCUGACCACCUCCACCAGCACGGUAUCCCUGUUGUGGCUGACGUGGCCGGGGUGGGUCAGAACCUGCAAGACCAUCCUGCCGUGGGUGGCCUAGUGUGGACCGUGGGCAAUAGACCCUCUUCAGUCAACUUCUUAUCCUUUUUCAACCCCAAGAACAUCCAUGACUUUAUUCACCACGCCAAAGGUCCACUAACAUCCCCCACUGGCACUGAGGGCAAUGCCUGGCUGCCAUCAGCUGUGGGAGAGCCACUUUGGCCAGAGAUACAACUGGCACUGGUCACUGGCACUCCAUCACAGGACCGAGGACGGUUGACACCUAGAAUUAUUGGUUAUAAAGAAGAGGUGUACAAAGAUUACUACGGUGACAUCCUGGGUCUGUCUGGCUUCACCCUGGUGCCAGUUUUAAACAGACCACUGAGCCGUGGCACUCUGACCCUGGCAUCACCUAACCCAUACGACCAUCCACUCAUCAACCUCAACUUCCUCCACCACCCAGAUGAUGUCACAACCUUAGUCAGAGGUAUCAAACUUGCUUUGCAAGUGGGCGAGGCUCCUGCGUUUACUGAUGAUCUCUCAGCCAAGUUCCACGACAAGGUGUUGAGCGGCUGCCAGCACGAGAAGGCGUACACGGAUGCAUACUGGGCGUGCUACACGCGAUACAUGGCCACUACUGCGUACCAUGCUUGUGGUACAUGUAAGAUGGGACCUUCUUCUGAUCCCCUGGCGGUGGUAGACCACAGACUCAGGCUACGUGGUGUGUCAGGAGUAAGGGUGGUCGAUGCCUCCAUCAUGCCUCUCAUCAUCAGCGGCAACACCAACGCUCCCACCAUCAUGAUAGCUGAGAAGGCUGCCGAUCUCGUCAAGCAUGACUGGCUCCUCUCAGAUCCUCAAACUCUUAUCUAGAUCCUCAGCUCCAGCAUCCUCCUCUGAUCUUGUCCCUGAUGAUGCUCAAAGGCUCUAGAUUCAAGGAGGUCGAUAUUUAUCUUAUUUAAUCACUUUUUCCUGGAUGUAAAUUAAAAUCUAUCAAGACUGGGACACCUCAGCUCCUCUCAGCUAAAUCCUCAGCCUCAGCGUUCUUCUCUCAUCUUUCCAUUCAGAAGUGAUGUAAUGAAGGGAAUAUGUAUUUUAUACGUACCACUUCUAGAUAAAUUUUGUAUUGUAGAUUUGGGAAAUUCUAGAUAAUCAUCCAUGGAUUGGUACUGUUUGGUAAUUAAGUAAUAGAACAGGAAACAUCCUCAUUACUAAAGGAAAAAAAUCACUAGUUACCCCUUAGAGAAUUUUGCAUUUGAAGAUUUCGUAUUCACA